AGAUCAGCAAUUGAAGUUUGGGUGCAAGCAGUUUCUUACUCAUCAUUUUAUAGCCAGUUGGCUUCAUUAUCACCAGAAGUUUUGGUAGAAAUUUUGUUUUCUUUUAGUAGUUUCAGAAUAAAAGUUGAAUCAUUCAACAAGCAACUCAGUCUGCAGGAAAAAAUUAACAAAAUUGAGCAAUUAACAAGUGGGCCAGUAAACUUUGGAGGCCAAAUAAACCUAAAAGAUGGUUGUGAUGUUACGUACUGCCUUCUUGAGUAUUAUGAAAGAGUUAACAAUCAGUCUGCUGAAACACCAAGCCAGAUAUAUUUUGGGAAAUGGAUUUGCGAUAGCCAAAGAGAUGUUCUGAAAAAAUACAACCUCAGCAGCAGAAAAUUCAUCGGUAAUACUUCCAUGGAUCCUACCUUAUCAAUGAUCAUGGCCAACAUGGCUCAUGUUAGAGAAGGGUCGCUGGUUUAUGAUCCUUUUGUAGGCACAGGGAGUUUGUUAGUGUCAUGUGCCCAUUUUGGUGGUCAUGUCAUGGGGAGUGAUAUUGAUUACAAUAUCAUCACGGGCGUUGGAAAGUCAAGCAGAGCAGGUCAGAAGUACAGAUGUAGAGAGGAAUCGAUAAGAAACAAUUUGAAGCAGUAUGGCUUGGAGGCUAGGUACAUUGAUGCAUUCAUCGCUGAUGCCUCUCUUCACGACAAACUCUGGAAGUUUUCAAAAAAGGGGUUGUUUGAUGCUAUCAUCACAGAUCCACCUUAUGGCAUUCGAGAGCCAACAACUAAACUUGGUUUUAAAAAGGAACCCAUUGACGACAUGAAGCCAGAGAUAGAAGAGAAUCACAUCCCGUGCAAGAAGAAUUAUAAUUUGAACGAAAUUCUCUGCGACUUGUUGUGUUUCGCGGCUAAAUAUCUAGUAGAAGGUGGUCGCCUAGUUUACUGGAUGCCAAUAUAUAGGAACGACUAUUCAGAUUUAAAUAUUCCGCAACACGAACGGUUACGACUGGUUUCAAAUUGUGAACAAGUGUUGAACAACAGGGUAAGCAGGAGAAUGAUCACGAUGCAAAAAAUU